ACAAUAAGCAGCAAAAACCACUUAAUACAUCACUGUCCCUUGGAUAAACGUGUCUCUUCCUUUCCUUUCCCCUGUAAAAACACACACACACACACACACACACACAAGUUGCAACUUCACUCUCCCCAGAAAUAUCUGGCGACAAUAAUCAGCAAAAAACACGCGAAACCCAGAAAUUAAAAAUCGAAUUCAGCUAAAAAAUUCAGAGAUCGAUCGGUCGAUUGAGGCAUGUGUUGCGACGGAGAUUGCAGGCCUUUGGGCUUCAUGAUGGGUCUCCCCUUCGCGCUGCUUUCCCUUAUCAUCUCUAUCGUCGGCGGCGCAGUCUGGGUUGUCGGGUCAGUUCCAAAAUCCGAAUCGCUGUUCAAUUUUCCUCUAUAGAUUACGGGGAGGGGAAAAUAGUAUUACGAAGGUGGUAUGCCUUCGCAACCCUAAUGUACUUUACUGCAUCUGCAUACGUACGGUGGUGCUUAGUUGUAGUAGAAAGAAACGAGUAAAAUCUGUAAAUGAGCUAGUUGUGAUAAGUUAGUGCGUGUUCUGUGUGUUUUCUGCGCGAGAUUUUUAGAAAUUAGUUUGGAUUUUGGUGCAUUCUGGGACAAUGUUGGGAGGUGGAAAUGAAGGGUUUAAGGAGGACGACAAGUUGGGGGAGCGUAAGGUUUACAGUAGGAGAUCGUUUAAAGGGCUUGAAACGAGUAAGAGCAGUAGUAAUUUGUUGAGGGAGCAGCAGCAGCCGAAAGUUGUUUCUGACGGUCCGAGCUCGACGAAAAGAUUACAUAAUUCUGGUUUUGAUGUGGGUUCGGAUAAUUUUUCUAGCCUGAGCCGUGAUGCAUUGGUUGUCAAAGGAGGGUUUCUAAGGCAGGAGAAUAAGGUUUGGAUAAGUCUGCCCAUGAAGUCAAAACAUGAGGCCCUUGAGUUAAAGAGGAAGCUGGAGGGUGAGCGGGAUAUGGUGCGGACUUUGAUGAGGAAGAUUGAGGCAAAUGACGGGCAAAAGAAUGCAACGGACAGGUUUGAUAAUAGAGAUGGAGAUAAGGUGGCUGUUGAAGUAGGACCGCCGCGAAUGUUGAAGCCGUUAAAACAGUUGAGUGUGUCGGUAUACGAAAAUAGCAAGGGUGGUGUUGAUAAAUUGGAGAAAGAGAAAAGGACGCCGAAGGCAAAUAAAUUGUAUAGAAAUUCAGAGUUUUUGCUUGCGAAGGAUAAGAUUCCUCCAGCUGAAAGUAACAAGAAAUUCAAGUCGAACGGGAAGAAGGGAGAAGGAAGUGGACUGAGAAUGGAGAAGUUUCCGAAUCAAGUAUUCAAAAGUUGUAAUGCACUCUUAGAGAGAUUGAUGAAGCACAAGCAUGGUUGGGUGUUUAACAAGCCAGUAGAUGCAGUUGGUCUAGGUUUGCAUGACUACUUUGAAAUUAUAAGAAACCCUAUGGAUCUUGGUACUGUGAAAGAUAGGCUAACCCAGAAUUGGUACAAGUCUCCUCUGGAAUUUGCCGAGGAUGUGAGACUUACAUUCCGAAAUGCUAUGACAUAUAACCCAAAAGAGCAAGAUGUAUAUGUAAUGGCUGAACAGCUGUCAAAAGUAUUUGAAGACAAAUGGACUCUCAUAGAGGCUGAUUACAUGCGUGAGUUGAAGUUGACUGCAGAUCUUGAUGUGGGUUCACCAACACCUACAUCUCGGAAGGCUCCUCCACAGUCGCGGGUGAGGGGUGAUACGAAGAAACCUAAUGAUAGAUCUGAAUCAAUGACCUAUUCAGUUGAUCCAAAAAGGAAGACAAUGAAUAUUGCUCAAUCUGGCAAGGUUCCUGCCCCAAAGAAGCCAAAGGCGAAGGAUCCAAACAAAAGGGAGAUGACAUAUGAUGAAAAGCAAAAACUUAGCAUAAAUCUGCAGAGUUUACCUUCUGAGAAGCUUGAAAACGUUGUUCAGAUCAUUAAGAAGAGGAAUCCUUCUCUUUCACAGCAAGAUGAUGAGAUUGAGGUUGACAUUGACAGUGUUGAUACAGAGACUCUUUGGGAGCUUGAUAGGUUCAUAACCAAUUAUAAGAAGAGUUUGAGCAAGAACAAAAGAAAGGCUGAGAUUGAUAAUCAAUUAAUAACUGGUGUAGAGCAGAACACCAAAGAAAAGAUUACUGCCUCAGUUGUAACAGAAAAUGCAAAAGGAAGUAGAGCAGAUGAAAAGAAAGUUGUCUCACCUCCAAUUGAUGUAGAAGAGCCGGGCCGUAAUGAUGCAAAUCAAGGAAUCAGCCAAAGCAGCUCAAGUUCAGAUUCGGGAUCUUCAUCCAAUUCUGAUGGUGAAAGUUCCUCAGCCGAUGAAUCUGACGGCGGAAACUCACAAAAGAAUUGAGUUGCUGAGAUCUUGAUCAAAUCUCAAUACUGACAACAAUGCAUCUCAGUCUUCAAAUAGUUCUAGCACCUCUAAUUGUACGGUAGAUGAUAUCCUUCAGAAAUUGCAAUCCUCUCAUGGAGCAGCCAGGAUCCUUCCUCUACUGAAUUUGUAAAUUCCUGUAGUGGGUGGUAAUGUUAGACUUGAAAGCAGAUUUGUAUGAUAUUUGUAGAUGCUAAUCGUGUUCAUCUCAUAUUUUGUAGAUUGCUGACAAGAACUAGUCAGUUUGUAAGAUAUAUGUUUAUCAUGUUUGUCUUGUAGUUCUGUACAUUGUUGAGAAGAACUAGUUGGUGUGUAUGAUGGGUUUAGGUCAUGAUUGCCAAUUUAAAAACUUUCAUGGCAUCAUGCCCCUGUUCUCUUACUGUAAGAUUGUGGAUUUGAAUCUCAUCAAUGUCGGUGUUUUUUGCAGUAAUUCUA